AUGUGUCGCGAGGAAUGCCUUCUGGAGGAUGUUUUGAUAGCACCCUCUCAUUCUCUCGCUAAACAAGUUCAUGAGCACUAUCUUCCCAAGCUGCUUUCCCACGACCCAAACGAGAUCACCACGGCGCAUGAGAUCACAGCUCGCAACCGCCUCUUCAAUGUCGAUGGUUUCGGGGUUGCUUGGUACACGGCGACCGCGGCAGAGUUCAACAGCGAUGGUAUAACUGCAGAGCAACCUGGCCUCUACAAGAACGCUCAGCCUCCUCUCCAUGACACCGACUUCCGCAGCAUCUGUGCAAACACAGCUAGCAAAGCCGUCUUCGCUCACAUUCGUGCUGCUACAGCCACCCCUGUUACUGCGGUCAACAACCAUCCUUUUGUCUUCGGUCGACACACCUUCAUGCACAAUGGAGAAAUUUCUGACUUCUCCAAGAUCUGCCGUGGCAUGGCCGAUCUAAUGGACGAUGAUUCGUACGGCAAUGUACAUGGGUCGACAGAUUCUGAACAUUUUGCGGCACUGUACAUCACAUACCUUACAGAUGGGAAAGGCCGGAAGAGCUGGGAACAGCAAUACACCGUCAAGCAGAUGCGAGAUGCCAUGAGAAAGGCGGUUGGCACCGUUGUGAAGCUGCAGCGAGAAAAACUUGGAGACAAGGCAGAACCCAACAGCCUGAACCUGGCAGCGACUGAUGGCAGCCAGCUUGUUGCUUUCCGGUUUCGGAAUCAUGCGACCGAGCAGCCACCUUCGCUGUACUAUUCUACCAAGGCAGGCGUUACAUUGAACAGGAAAUAUCCCGAUCACCCUGACGGGAAAGAAAAUCCUCUCGCACACAAAAAGGCCGAAGAUCAUGGUAGCCAUGUGAUCGUUGCCAGCGAACCUUCAACGUACAACUCGAAGGAAUGGGACCUUAUCGAGAAGAACCAUUGCUUGAUGGUGGAGACUGACGGUAAAGCCCAGAUCGAGAAGCUGGAGUAUCCUCAAGAAUCCGCCUUCGCCAUCCUCGCCAACGCCCAGCGAUAUCGCCCAUACGGCUACCAGUAUCAGGAAAGGGACGCCACGCAGGUCGUCGGCUCCGAUACCGGCUCCGCUUCCGGCACCGGCGCCACCGACUCCGGCCCCUCUAGCAACAGCGCCGCAGCCUCGACCGCGUCGUUCACCCAAUACUCCCCCUGCGACGACCCCAGCAAAACAUCCUGCGCCUGGUACAGCAGCUCCGGCUACAACGCCGCCGUCUCCCAGGCCGUCUACGGCGGCUACCCGGGCUCCGGCCCAAGCGGUGCCUGCGGCGUCUGCUGGAAACUGACCCCCGAAUACGCCGGCGCGAACGAGAUCGUGGUCAAGGUCAACAACCUGUGCCCGGACGACGGGAAUGCCCUUUGCGCGCAGGCUGAGAAUGUCGAUGUCAAUUUCGACCUGUGCAAAGACAGUGGCGCCGCGGCUGCCCUCUUCGGCAGUUCGGGGACGGAGCAGGUUAACGGGACGGCGGUUGUUGUGGAUUGUUCCGAGUGGAGUGGCGGUGCUGAUGUUUGUCUGCCGGGUGUUUCGUCCUGUUAG